GACCACGGGAUCUAGCACAUCGGGGACACACCGCCAUUCCAAUGAAAGUUUUAGAUAAGACAUAUCUCUAUGAGCUAUUAUGUUAAUAGACUAACAUUGGCAACAUCACUGGGCUCCCCCAGAGUCGCCGACGACCCGCAGUGACUGCCCCCAGUGAGAGGAAAACAUUGAGCGAGAUGAAUGAACUUUCCCCCGCCUCCCUCUUCUCCGCAUGUGGUACAGAACACAGUCUGCUCUCCAAACAGUGAUAGAUAGUGAAGGAGAGCGAGGGAAAUUUUGAAAACGUUUGUGUGUGUAAUGUUUACUGUUAAUUUCUGAUAGCUUAUUUCACUUUUGUUGAAUGUUUUUCACGUUUUGGCAAUGUUUCCCAUGCAAAUAAAGCAAUUGUGAAUAGAGAGAAGGCCGUUUAAUUAACGCGUAAAGGGCACAGACCUACCCAGCUCCCACUUUAGGAAGAGGAUUAGUGGAAUAAAAACGGCUCGCAUAAAGCUCCGUAAGGAAGAGUUUACACUUUCCGAAAGGAGGGGAGAGGGAGCGAAUAGGGAACCUAAAAGGGCCGUGGCAACGUCAGCAUCAACAAUCGAUACCCGGGAAUUGAAGGAGUGAAUAGAGCAGAGGACAGUCGUUGUGGAUACUGCCGCCGCUCUGUUGAAAACAUUCCAGCAGCUCAAUCAUUCCAUUAUCGCGUUGCAGUUUUGCGUAAAACCGCAUACCUUCUGACUGACACUAGCAGAUUGAGGGUUAGCUCACAGGUCGUAUUAUUAUUAUUGAACAAUACGGGAGUAGUGGGAGCAGUGAAAAGAACAGAGAAGGAUAAUAUCUGUAGAGAAGAGGCAACACUGUAGGUUACAGUUUUCUUUGUUGAGUUCCUCUGCAAAACUAAAGGCUAAAAGAUGUCUAAACCAAAUUACACAGGAACCUUUCACAUGGUGUCUCAAGAUAACUUCGAGAACUACCUCGCAGCUUUGGAUAUAAAUUUUGCCCUGCGGAAGAUAGUGUGUAUGUUGAAGCCCACUAAACAGAUAGUCCACGACCCGGCCACGGGCAGUAUGAAGAUCCGCACACUCACCACCUUUAAGGACUUUGAUAUGGAUUUCAAACUGGGUCAGGUCUUCACGGAGGACCUGGGACCUGUGGAUGGAAGAGUCUGUCAGACCACAGUGGACUGGGAGGGUGAUAAGCUGGUGUGUGUUCAGAGAGGAGAGAAGGAGGGAAGAGGAUGGACACACUGGCUGGAGGGAGACAAGCUACACUUGGAGAUGAGAGUUGGAGAUGUGGUCGCCAGGCAACUCUUCAAGAAGGCAGACUGAAACCACUGGGAAGGAUCCCUUCAUCAACUCAACAUUCAUGAUUCUCAUUAGAAAAGUCUAGGACUUGGUAUAUAAGUGCCAAAGUUUUUUUUUAAAUAUGAUCUUCAUUGUUUUAAAAACCAUUACUUAAUGGACAACAUUUAACAUUUAAGAUAUUUUUAAUUAGUGUGCUAUUUCACUGUGGGAAAGAUUGUCAAUGAUCAGUUUUGAAUUUGUCAUGGUACAGUGCAGGUGAACUGUGUAAACAUUCCCAAUGCGUUUCCUCAUAUAUCACUACGAUAGUUCCCAAUGCCAUUGAAUGUUCCCUUUUGUGUUGAAUGUGGCUGUUCUGUGUCCAAAUAUACCACCUGAUGCUCCACACUACAAAUACAGAUGUUGCCUCUUUAUGGUACCCAUGU